AUGCUCCGACACUCUUCGCAUUUGUUGUUAACAGUAAGUGCUGUUAUUAGAAGCACUGCUACAACUUCUGUCAGCGCCGAUGCUAGUACUCUCAGGAGUCGGAUUAAUAUCGCCUCAGAAAUGGAUAAAAAAGAUCCCAACUACCGUGAAAGGUUUCUUAAACACUUUCGUGAAAAGUUGAACAGCGAUACAACUGGUAAAAAUCAACUUGAGAGCUUUUUCGACCUGCCUGAGGGUAUUUCACCCACACAGGCUUCCAUGGGACCCAUUAAAAGAGGCGAGGAGCCGCUGCCGCCGUGGAUAAAAUUAAAGGUUCCAAAGGGUAUGACACAUCGCCCGCGUUUUAACCGUAUUCGAAGAAGCAUGCGUGAGAAGAAGUUGUCCACCGUAUGCGAGGAGGCCAAGUGCCCAAACAUUGGAGAGUGCUGGGGUGGCGAGGACGACGGCACCGCAACGGCCACAAUCAUGGUUAUGGGUUCCCAUUGCACCCGUGGCUGCCGCUUCUGCUCAGUGUUAACAAGUCAGAAGCCGCCUCCGUUGGACUCGAAUGAGCCCGAGAAAGUGGCAGCUGCCGUAAAGGAGAUGGGUGUCGAUUACAUUGUGAUGACCAUGGUGGAUCGUGAUGACUUGGAAGACAGUGGGGCCGGUCACGUCUGCCGCUGCAUCAGUGAAAUCAAGAAAGAAAACCCGUCAUUAAUUUUGGAAGCCCUUGUGGGAGAUUUCCAUGGAAAUUUGGACCUAGUGGAGCGUAUUACAACCGCACCACUGACUGUAUAUGCCCAUAACAUCGAAUGUGUUGAGCGGAUCACGCCACGUGUACGUGACCGACGUGCAACAUACAGACAAUCUCUGCGAACUCUUGAGCAUGUAACGCGGUAUACGAACGGACGAUUACUCACAAAAAGUAGCAUUAUGCUUGGUCUUGGUGAAACUGAGGAAGAGGUGCGACAAACGCUACGAGACCUCCGAACUGCCGGUGUUUCAGCUGUCACUCUUGGCCAGUACUUGCAACCCUCCCGUACGCGGCUGAAGGUCGCUCGUUACGCCCAUCCAAAGGAGUUUGAGAUGUGGGAAGAUGAGGCAAUGAAGAUGGGUUUCCUGUAUUGCGCCUCGGGUCCGAUGGUUCGUAGUUCAUACAAGGCAGGGGAAUAUUAUAUAAAAAAUAUUUUGAAGCAACGCGAGGUGUAUCAAGAAUUUUAA